UCAUGUGAACAGAAUAUAAUGUCUAAAUAAUACUUUAUAUUACAUUUAAAGCAGAUUUGGCUCUUGCAUGAUAUUAUUUAUUUUUAAAUUGUGAGUUACUCCGGUCAACACAAUCCAAGUUCUCACCACAUAUACAACUUUUUCUAAUGAAACAAAAAUGGACGCCAGCAUAUUAAUCUGGGGAAAAAAAAUACAAAAUUAUUAGUUGAUGAAUGAAGCUGUGACCAAUCCAAUGCACAGUUUUUAAAUUUGUGGAAUGAAACGACCCGAUAUAAGUGGGAUGAAAGGACCCGUGUAAAUUUGGGAUGAAAAAGCCCGGAUGAAACAGCCCGAGAUGAACCGGUAGUGGGAUGAAACAACCUACUCCCAGUUGUCAGGUAUUCAUUAAAACGGCGUUGACUGAUCGAGCAAAUCAAAACAACGACUUUAACAGAAGUCAGAACACAAAAACUGAAUCUUCCAGUCAUAUCAGAUCUUCAAACAGUAACAGUGACGGAGUGAUUACAAAAUCUUUUCACCAAUUUCUUCUAACAAAUUAUCUUAACACAGGAAAAAGUGAGAGGUGAACAAAUUCUAUGUGAUUUUCGUGUUACGUCAAAUCAUGGCAGAGCAAACUGAAAGCAGUUGCGAUCUUGUUAUACAGAAUAACCCCGACAUCACAUAUAACUUAAAAUGUGGUAUAUGUAGUAAAUCAUUUGAUCACAGUAUUUCUUUCCAAACACACAUGAAAACUCAUAAGAAAAUGUUAAAAAAUGAGGUUUGUGGUAAAUCAUUUACUCACGAUGGAGAUCCAAAGAAAAAUGACAAAAGUCCCACUACAGAAUAUAUAUGUGAUUUUUGUGGGAAAAGAUACUUUAAAAGUAAAUGGUUUCAGAACCACAAACUAAAACAUAUUGUCCUUAAAUUUUUUAAAUGUGAGAUUUGUGAUCGUUCAUUUCAUCGGAAUGAUAUUCUAAUAGGCCAUAUGCAAACUCAUACUAGGGAAAGACCAUUUGAAUGUGAUGUGUGUCAUAAAUCAUAUGGUCGACAGAGUACUCUGAAUGAACACAAAAGAAUACAUACUGGAGAAAGACCAUUUCCAUGUGAUCUCUGUCAUAAAUCUUAUAAUAGAAGCAGUAGUCUAUACACACACAAAUUGGCACAUGCUAUGAAAGGGAAACUGGCAUGUGAUUUAUGUGAUAAAAGAUAUAGCAGCUACAAGAAUUUGUACCGACACCAGAAAACACACAGCCUAGGAAAAGACUCUGACUGCGAUGUAUCAAAAAUUUUGGAAGAAAAGGGUGACUUAGAAGAACAUGGCCAAGUGAAAGAAGAAGAGUCGGCAGCAGUAGUUUGUGAGGUAUUAGAGGGACAAAUAUUCAAGCAAAACUCUUCCUUAGAAGACUACCAAGAAAUCCAUGUUAUAGUCGAGGAAUCGUCGCAAGAUGUAGCAGAACACACUAAAUUUUGUGAAAUUUUGGACAAUCAAAUUUCUGAAAAGGACAGCAAUACAGAAGACCACAAUCAAGUUCAUACUGAAGAAGAUGAAUCAACAAAAGAUGUAGCAGAACAAAGUAAAGUUUGUGAAAUAUUGGGCAGUGAAAUUUCAGAACAAUACAGUGACAUUGAAGACAACAAUGAAAUGCAUAUUGAAGAAGAUGAAUUAACAGAGGAUACAGCUAAAGCAAAACAAGUUUUUGAGAUACUGGACGGGCAAAUAGUGGAACAAAAGAGUAAUUACUUGUCAGAAGACAGCGAAGACGAAGAGGAUGUAGCAGAACAAAGUAAAGUUUAUGAGAAGGGUACUGAUCUUGAGGUACAUGGUAAAACAGGCAAUUUUAAAUGUGAUGUUUGUAACAAAUCAUUUACUCACAGUGGCAUUCUACAGAAACACAGCAGAAUUCACACCACAGAAUAUAUGUGUGAUAUUUGUGGGAAAAGAUAUUCUCAAAAUAAAUGGCUGCAGAGCCACAAAAUGCGCCAUGUGGUCCAGAAAGUAUAUAAAUGUGGGAUCUGUGGUAGUUCAUUCCGUCGCAGUGAUGUACUAUAUGAGCAUAUGAGAUCACAUACUAAAGAAAGGCCAUUUCAAUGUGAUGUUUGUGAUCAAUCAUUUGGUAGACGCUGUACUCUAAACCUCCACAAGAGAACACACACUGGGGAUAAACCACAUCACUGUGAUAUUUGUGGUAAAUCAUAUACUACAAUAUCUGUUCUAAGAAAACAUAAAAGAAACCACGCCAAAGGAAUAACUGUUUGAAUCAAUUGUUUUUUGUGUUGACACGAAAACUAAGAACUCUUUGAAUGUGAAAGAAUUGCUCUGAAUAGGAAAUCUACAGAGUUAUUUCCAUUUGUUAUCAAUCUUGUACAAUGUAGCACUUUAGGGACUUCAAUUAUUAUGACUCAUAAUUUUUUUAGAUUGAAUUAGUUUUUUUCAUUUCAUGCAAUAUGAAAAUACCGCUCUACCCUCACCUCUGUUCUAAGGCUAUUUUGGAAUCAUUAUCAUCUAUUUUUUACAAGGAUUCUCCAUUGCUUGCCAAAAGGAAUCAUUUUUCGUGGCAUCUGACACAAUUCUAUAGUAAGUCAACUCUAUUUCCAACUAGAAUUUUGCGUUGCGAUUCAAAAACAUAAACAUAAUACUUCGGUGCACCAGUGCAACUUUCAUAAUUGCUGACCAAUUAAAAGUAUUUUGCUUAUGUGUUAUUAUAAAUUUGUGUCAGAUUAGGCAAGAAAAGACUCCUGUUGCUGAACAAAGAAGAAUCAUGGUGAAAACUAGAAGGUAAGGGUAUUUUCAUAUUGCAGCUUAAUAGGGAUGAACAGGAACAGUGAGAGGACAUCGUGGGAUCUGAGACCAUUCCAAAAGGUACUAUAUUAAACCCCUUGUCAUUCAUUCAGUCCAAUGCAGUCAAGUUACCAAUUGUUAUAAUCGAAAUAAUGUCACAAAUUAAAAUUAUAUAUGCCAUGGCCUCACUAAAAAGGGCACUGAAUUAGGGCUUUGUCCAAAUGUGCAUGCCAUACUAAAUUAUAACGGUAAAUCUUGAAUGGCUUUCUUGUUGACCCAAUUCCAACCGUAGACCUACUCAACAACUAUACAGGUGACCAUGCCACGUGCCAUCGGUAAUUUUGAAACGUGGAGUGCGCCGGAAGUUUAUGUAUUAUUAUUAUUCACUAUUUAUUGGAAUAUUUGAUGUUCUGACAGGGGUUUUAUAUCAUGAUUAUUUACAUUGAACUAAAAUCUUGUAUCUUUUUAAUAUCAUUUUAGAUUCAGUAGAGAGCCAUUUUGUCAUUGAGUUUUGAUAUGAGGUUUUAUUGUGCUGAAUAAAUUUUUACCAAAAAUAUUUUGAUAAAAGGAAUACCGUUUUUAUACAGAAAGGCAUUUGAUAUGGCAGUUUUAUAAAAUGAGCAUCUACUCGAUCUGCUAAGGCAAAUGCAAGCUAGUAUAAUUGCUUCGUUUUUACCACGUGUUUCCCAGAUCGACUUUUUAAUUUUGCCACCAUCACUUGACAAUAUACAUGUACAACUCUCUUAAUCGUAACUGAGUCCCGUCUAUCGUAUUAAAUAGCUCUCACAUUUAAUAUUACGUUAGGCCUUUUUAAAAACAAGCACCAGGAACAUCUUAGUUGACUACAAUUAUACAUGUGCUUAAUUUUCAAAAGGAUUCACGGUAGUCGAGAGGUAAAACACAAGGCUCUGGACUAGAAUAUUACUUAGUCGUUCCGAUGUGACGGAAUCCGGAAUUCCCCCGUUAACAAAUUGACAUAUUUUUUUACCUAACCAAAAAAAUCCCUGGCAUUUGGAAGUCGAUAACCUAUGCCUGUCUUUUAGAGAUCAUUUUGAUUUGUUUAGCACAAUCAAGUCUUAUUGGUGUUGUUGGGGGGGGGGGGGGUGGUUAAGGUCUGUCAUUGAGACAACUGGCGUGUUUUGAUUCCCCAGUUGUACGUGAUCCUACCUCGUGGGUUUUCCCCGGGCCCUCUGAUUUCCUCCCACAGUUAAAGUCCCCUACACACAAGCGAAUUAUUGAAAUAUGUUGCUCUCUCUCUCUCUCUCUCUCUCUCUCUCUCACACACACAAGUCUACUACCACGUUUAUAAGUCUCAAUUUAAAAAAAUAAAUGUUAGUCCACAUGUGUUUAUUAUUUUAUACUGUUAACACUGUUUAAUUGUUUAAUACACACUCUGUAAUUUUUUUAUCUUGCCGUGGUGUAACGAAUGAGUUAAUAUACACAGGUAUAUAAAUGGCCGUAUGUUAUUGAAUUGAUUCGCAGAGGGGUAUAGGAUUAUGGAUUGAUUAUGUUUUAUAUCUAAUUUAGAUGUGAUUUAUUUGUAUAUUAUAUAUUUAUUAUAUUACCGCAUGUAUAUAUUAAUUGGUAAAUCAGAUUAUUAUUCGUAGUAUUUAGUUCAUGUAUAUUAGCAGCUAAAUUAGUAUUUAGCUCGUGUUUGUAUGUAUAUUAGCAGCUGUCUUAGUAUUUAGUUUAUGUUUGUAUGUAUAUUAGCAGCUAGAUGUAUAUUUAGUUUACGUUUGUAUGUAUAUUAGCAGCUAUAUUAGUAUUUACGUUUGUAUAUAUAACUAAUUAGAAGCUUGCGUAAAUUGUUAUCUGUAGCCUGGGAUCAAGCGUGGCGGCCAAAUGUGUGUGUUCAUAUAAUAAUACAGCAUUGAAAUCUGUCUUGAUUCUAUAGGACUUAUGAACAAUAUUAUUGAACUAAUAUAAAGACUACUGUACUUAAAGAUACAUUCCCGCGUACAAACUUUGUGAUUUGAUGAUAUAUUUGGAUUAAAAACAUAUUCAAAGUAACAAAUCUAUCAAACAAAAAUUUGCUUCAAUUCCCUCUCAAAACUUUGUAUUUGCCAGGGAUACCUAUAGCUAUAAGUAACCUGUUGUUAGACGUAAUGUCUGACAACGUAGCUUCAUUGUGGGAGGAUCCAUUUUUCAGAAUGUAUUUAUCAUUACUUACUGUACAUUUACCAUACAUAUUGAGGCCUAAGUAAAUUCUUAAUUCUUUCUGUCAACUUCUUUUUCUGCCGUUUAAUUUGUACGUUGACACCCCUAAAUGUUCCCAAAACCGUCUAACCGUUUGAUCAACAAAUAACAACCGCUCCCUCACUUAAGCUGGCACACAAUAAGCUGGCAGAUAACAGUCGGGUUGUCAGUUUGUGAUUUUCUGACAAUUUUGCCCAGUGCUUGUCCCAUGGGAGUUUUUCGGGUAAUCCAGUAUUUUUCUAGUAAGAUUGGGUGUCUAAACUUUCCAUAUAUACCAAAUUUGACAUUCUUUUAUUGGAAAUAACCACCCGAUAAAUACUUUUCUGGGAAAGUAUCUUUAAAAGUCGUGUCUUUCAAUUUGUUGAAUAUUUCAAUAAGUACAAUCAUUGACUAAAGCCCAGUCAUAACAUUUGGUUGCCUUCGUAAUGAUUUAUUGAAAUGAAACAACAAUAGACCAAACACAAUAUUUGAAGCAUUCUGGAUUUUUCAAGCCCGGUUCACAUUUGUCGCGGGGGGGGGGGGGGGGUAACCAAGGUCCUCUGUGUACACAUUUGUCAGGAUGGAGAUGAAUAACCAAGGUCCACCGUGUACCGUACACAUUGGUCAGGAUGUGGAUGAAUAACCAAGGUCCACCGUGUACACAUUUGUCAGGAUGGGGAUGAAUAACCAAGGUCCACGUAUGUAGCACUAUUGCCCUU